CUCUCUCCCUCUCCCUCUCUCUCCCUCCCGUUUCUUUUUCUUUCUGGGAAAAAAUUCUCAUCGUCGGGUGUGCAGUGCGUGCAUGCAUGCGUGGCGUGCGCGUGCAUUCAUUCGUCCGUUCAUUCGUUCGAUACGUGUGUAGAAUUAACGAGAGGAGAAUCGACGACGACGACGCCGCCGCCGCCGCCGUUGUUGAGCGACAAGGAAAAGGUGCGCGAGCGGCGAGAGUGUAGCACGACCGACCGGCCGCCGGUGCGUGCUGUGCUGUAAUUUAAAAGAGCCAGAAGUGUGGUAGUCGGUGAAAAGUGUGCUCCACACGAUCACGACACACCCUCUCGACAUCCGUCGCUCGCAUCGCCAUCGGCUCGGCAGCGGCCUCUCUCUGUCUCUCUCUCUUUUAUCCCUUCCCUCUCUUUCCCCGUCUUCCCUUUCUCUCCCUCUUGUCCCUCUCGUCAUUCCAUCUCGCUUCUUCCUCCAUACACUUACGGAACGUACGUCCUAUCGCUCUUUCUCUCUCUCUCUUUCUCUGUCCCUUCCCUCUCCCGCAUUCCUCCUCUAACCGUGCACACGCUCGUUCUUUCUCCCGGAGGUACUCCGUCUCUCUCGCUCGCCCGCUUUCCGUCUCUCUCUAUCCGACGGCGCAAAGUGAUUUAUCAUCACGUCGGAUUUCAUGACGAGGACGAUGACGACGACCGCGACAGUGGCUGGCCCGUUAAAACCGUAGAUACGGUACGGUACGGUGCGCGAUCGGUUCUUACUCCCCUCCGCCCCCCUCUUCCUCGCCGCCAUUGGGCCAUCCAUCCCUCGUCGCUGCACACGCCGAGCGGCAGCGUCUCUCUCGCCCGGUAUUCUUACACUACGUCGCCGGCCUCACGCACACGUACCCUUUCCUCGUUUCCCUGUCUUUCUUUCUCUUUCUGCUCUCCGCUUUACUCCGGUUUUCACCGGCCGAUCGAGAGAGAAAGAGAGAGAGAGAGAGAGAGAAAGAGUGUGCGUGCGUGCGUGCGUGUGCGAAUUCGCGUUUAGUGAUCUAUCUGGCCGUACGUGCGUGGCGUGUCGCGCGAACGAGCUAGCGAGCGAACGAUCGCGCUACAGUGUGUGGUUUUCUCUGCUCAGUUGUCCCAUCAGUGUCGCCGGUGAGCGAGGAAGCUCGUCGCGCGGUGUUGCAGUGCGGCAAGUGGUGACGACGUCGUCGGCCGCGGAGGAGCGGGCGAGGACGUACGAAGGAACGACGAGGAAGCGCGCCGACGAACGAGAGGAGGCGGCGGUAGAGGAGGAGGAGGAGGAAGCGGGGGCCGCAGGCGGGAGGAGGUAAAAAGGCAGCACCAGCAGCAGGAGUAGGAGGAGGAGGAGGAAGAGGAAGAGGAGGUGAAGGAACCAGAGUGGCGGCGCGAAAGCGACCGGCGGCGACGGCUGACGGUGGUUUUUAGGCUGCGCGGCGUCGCGCCGGCGUAUUUUGUUAUUGUUAUUAUCAACAUCGCGGCUGUAUAGCUGCGUGCGUAUCGUCCACCCGGCGACGGGCGACGCGGUGACGGAUUCCUCCACUUACUGCUACAGCAACAGCCGCAUCAGGGCCGCGACCAUGUCCGUGAGAAUGGAAAACGUGGCUGCGCGGAAGAUCAAUUACAAAAUGAUGAAUACGAAUGGACCGAGGCCGACGUACGUGGGCGCCAACAACGGUAACGCCGGCGGCGCCGGCGGUGGCGGAGGUGGCGGCGGCGGUGGCAGCGGCGGCGGCGGAGCCGCUAACGCGGGCGUCGGUGUGGGACCCGCGGCCGGUGCGGGAAGCGGUGGUGGCGGCGGCGGUGGCGGCGGCGGCGGUGGCGGUGGGCACGGAUUGAAGGGCAACACGGGCGGUGGACCGCGCGGCGGCAACCCGGUGCAGUACCGCGCGAGCGGCGGCGGUGGCGGCGGAGGCGGCGCGGCCGCCUGGAGCACGGCACCGUCUCACGCGGCCGCAGCCGCGGCCGCAGCGGCGGCGGCCGCGUAUCCGCCUUACACGCGCUAUCCGAGCGCGGCGGCGGCGGCAGCGGCAGCCGCCGCGGUCGGCGGUGGUCCUCAGCAGCUACCGGCGUCCGCGAAUCCCUUCGUCACCGCCACGUACGCGCAGCACGCGACGUACGGUGGACAGCGGGUGCCUACAGCUUCCUCCCCGGCAAACACUAAUAGCAGUUCUAGUAGUGCCACCGGCAGUCAAAGCGGAACGAUGAGCACGAAUCUCAGCAACAAUGCUAUGCAGGGUCAGCAAGCGGAGCAGCUGUCUAAAACGAAUCUAUACAUCCGUGGCCUCAACCAAAAUACGACUGACAAAGACCUCGUUAACAUGUGUUCUCAGUACGGAACUAUAACUUCUACCAAGGCGAUUUUAGACAAAAAUACAAACAAAUGUAAAGGUUACGGAUUUGUAGACUUCGAGUCACCGAUGGCGGCAGAGGGUGCUGUGAAAGCACUGGUCGCCAAGGGCAUCCAAGCGCAGAUGGCGAAAGUUGACAAGUGCAUUCGGGAGCCGGUCGUAAGAUUCAGAAAGUACGGGACUUCACGUUCGCAACAGGAGCAGGACCCCACCAAUCUGUACAUCGCCAACUUGCCGCUGACCUUCAAAGAGAACGACGUCGAGGCAUUACUCGCUCAAUACGGACAAGUUAUCUCUACCCGCAUACUGCGCGAUACUUCCGGCCAGAGCAAAGGAGUUGGAUUUGCAAGAAUGGAAUCAAAGGAAAAGUGUGAACAAAUCAUCCAAAUGUUUAAUGGAAAGGCACUAACAGGCGCAAAGGAUCCAUUAUUAGUUAAGUUCGCCGAUGGCGGAAAUAAAAAGAAGUCAUUGUUCAAGAGUACAAUAUGGAGAGAAACUGGAGAAAAUAUGACUUUGAACUACGACACGAGUGGCGUUGGUCAGAAUGGCGUUGCUACGACUCAUAUGCUUCCUGCGACGGCUCUAACACAAUACAGUCGUCACUACAGUCAGGCAUUGCCUGGCUACAGUGUGCCAGGCACUCCCUGGGUGGCUCCUUACCUCGUGCACCCUUCCCCGCCACAUAUGCAACAGGUUGACAUGAUACCAUCGGCCGAUCCUAGUAAUCCACAGUACAGUAUGAUUCCUCAGCUUACCACGCAAAUGUCUACCUUGCAUCUCGGCACUGGUUCCUACAUAGCGAGCCCGCAUCCCUAUCCUUAUACGACUUAUCCCGCUCCUAGCAUUAUUCACACCAUGCCACUGGGCGAUUCGGAGCAGACGAGUAAUGCAGCGUCCCCCGACGACUCCUAUCAGCAGUACCAGGCUCAGCAGCCUAAGUAGGCCACGGUAUAUAAUAGAUGUACGAUCGCGCUAAGGGUUACGUGAAUUAGGAAAGGCUUACUGAUUGACACUUGAAGAUAUGCGCAGAAUGAAGGAGAGCAACAGAUACGAGAGCGGAUUACACUAAGAAGAAUAGAUUUGAAACAAAAACUACAUUACGUAACGAAUAAGAUUCUUCCUCACGAUAAAUUGACUUGCCAGCGUUUUUAUACGUUUUAUCCAACAGUAAAUAGAGGAAAGUAGAUGAUAUUUUGCAACGAGUAGGCAGAAUGAAUGUGGAGAGAAUGCGUAAGAGUGAGAGAAAACGAACGAGCGAGAGAAAGAAUAUAAUUGAAGGAAGUACAGGAAGACGAGUAUGAGAGCAAUCACGUGUCGUUCGCGUGGAACGACACGUGCUUCCAUACUAGUGGCUCCGUUAAAACUACGUGAUGGCAAACACGUACAUUUUCAUGUACACAUGCAUACACAGAGAGAAACACAUCAUACACGACAGUAACGAAAAAAACCAAGUUAUUUACGAAGAACAGUUUAGUGUCAAGCUAAUAGGCUUCCAUGAUGUAACUUUAGGUAUUAUGUUUACUACGGACAGAUGACAGAAGCUAAUCUCGAGAGCUCGACAGUAUGGAAAAUAUUUUAAUGAGUGAGUGAAAGAAAGAGUGAAAGGAGAAUGUGUAUGUGUGGAUGUAUUAACUAUAAAGAAAAACGAGGUAAGGAGAAGAAAAAGUAAUACUGCUCAGAAAUAAUAAAGGAGAAUUCUUCCCAAGGAGAUAAUAGUAAAUAGUAAUAAUAUACAGCAAGAACGAGAGCGAGAAAGAUGGAGAGAAUGUAUGAGUGAGAGAGCAAGUGUGUAAAAAAGAAGGAGAAGAUGCACUACUUCCAGGACGAUGUAAUAUUGAGAGAAGAAAUUCAAAGAUUCGUAAUUACGACUAAAAGGAAGAGGUGCUCGUUCGUGAUACUCGCGAAGAUACUUGUUUGCGGUUGAGAGUACACGCACGUAAAAGCAAUUCAUCUUCUGCGAUAGCGCACUUCACCUCAUCUGUUCUCUCGCGUGCAGAUAACAUGAGAUACACAAAACAGACACUUACCCACCAUCCUCAUCGGAAUUCACGUGUCUUUUCGAGUUCUGUUUUUUCCUUUUUUUGUUAUUUUCCGCUUUUACAUUCAGAAACAUUCCAUACUGGGUAUAUACGUGCAUUGUUACGCGGAGAUAUAUUUUAAUCAGGAAUACUGGGAGUACACCAACAUUUCUAGCAGCACCGCGCAUCUCCAUCGCGUUGCGUUUCCUUGUUUCUUUUUUUUUUUUAACGACAAUGAACUUUUAUAGAUUAAAUUUCAGAGAUUAAUCAGGAAAAAAAAUACGACGGUAAAAUUUAUUUCUAAAAUAAAAGGGGAGAAAUGCAAUUUUCAGAAUCUAUGUAUAAUUACGAAAGAAAAAAUGGAACAGUACUUUUUAGAGUGUUAUAUUUACGAUGAUUACGAGUUAGAUACGGAUCGAUAUCAAUUUUUUAAUUGUACAGUGAAUACAGAUAUUUUUUUUAGAAUCGUGCCUUUUCACACAGAUCCGUUAAAUGAAAGAGAGAGAAAGAGAGAGAGAGAGAGAGAGAAAUAUAUAUAUAUGCAGGAGAAAAUUGUUAUAAUAUAUUUUUACGCAUCGUUAAACUCAGAUGCGGAGUCAAAUCUUAAUUUUCUAAUUAAUAUAUCUGUAAUUGUUUUUGUGUUAAAUAUCUCUAUACAUUUGUUUUCGUUGUCAAUUUGAUAGAUUUUGUACGCGUGAUUACAUGCAUUAUCGAAUUGGAAUUAUCGGACUGUACGAGAGAAAACAAAAUAGACAUCCACACACAGAGCACAGAGGCAGUCCGUAAUAUGUAAUAAUAAAAAAAGAAAAAAAUCUAGGAAAAUCAAAUCGCGACAAGUCGAGAAACAGAAUGCGAGAUGACGAGAGAAAGAGAGAGAGAGAGAGAGAGAGAGGAAGAAUGUUUGAGAAUGUGUCUGAAAAAGAGAGAAAGAUUAAAAAAAAAAAAUGAAAAGUAGGUUUGUUACACGAUGAGAAACUAGAAUGUAAAUUAAUUUAUUUUAUCGAAGGAACGCGUUAUAUAUACUGUCGAGAAAGGAUAAACGGAAGAUAAAGGACGCAAAGAUGCAUCGAUCUACACGUAUACAUGCAUACGCACAUACACAAGAUACACGCGUGUACAGACAGAUCGAGGGGAGAGUAAUCGAGACGACACUCUGUCAUCUUUCGAGAUGUCGAAAUUGAUGGCUGUAAAUAAAAUAAGUAUUCGUCUGCAUGAUCAAACGGAAAAUUCGAUCGAGGAGGAUUGAAACUUCCUGAGCGUCUUUGCGACUGCGCGGAUAAUUGUAUUUACCGAGAUGAGUAUAUUUUCUCAAGAAUUUGGAAAUUUGCAAAAGUAAACGCUUAUAUUACUUGAAUUCAUUAAAUACCUUCGUGUUGAGCCCCGUUUGAGUCUUGAUUAUUCUUCACGUUACACCUGCGAAUCCAACGAAAUCUCCAUCUCUUCCCCUUCUUCUGGAUGUCUCUUCUCCCAUAUCUACCAUUAUCACCAUCAUCAUCACUAUCAUUAUCAUCACUACUAUCACCAUCACCAUCAUCAUCACUACUACCAUCAUCAUCACUAUCACCAUUAUAAUCAUUAUUCGUGCAUCCGGCAGAGUUUCGCGUUGUCCGAUUAGGAUUGAUAAUUGAGAAUCGAGUGAAGGAGCGAUAGAGAGGGAGAGAGUGUAAGAAAGCUUUUUACCAAAAAUACGCGAGAACUGCGGACUACUCGCGCGACACACGAGAAAUUGAACGAAAGAUGAAAAAAGCGGCAGCAAGAGCAGGUAGUUAGAUAGAGUUUUAGCGAAGAGAGAAAAAGAGAGACGAGUCGCGUAGUUAUUAUUAUAAUAUUACAAUAAUGACGCUGUAUUAUUAUAAUUAACGAUUUACUAUUAUUGACGUCAUCUAAACGUAUGAAAGAUUUUUACACUGUUGAGACUUGAAGUAAAUAAUAUAUUUAGUUUAUUUUGGUACAUCACGAUGACGAGAGAGUGAGAGUGAGAAAUAGAGAGAACGAGAGAGAUAAAUUGACGAAAAAAAAAAGAAAAAAAAGCCGAGAGCGAAGAGGUAGAAAGGCGAAGUACGAGCUAUUUUUUAAGAGACAGACUUUAUUACUCGAUUUGAGUCCACGCAUUAAGGUAAAAAGUAAAAAAAAAAGGAACGCAGAGAAUGAAAGGAAGAGUGAUUGAGUGCAAAAGAGACUGUGUAUGAAAGAGAGUGCGAGAAAGUAUGUGAGUGAAAGAUGGGAAGCUAACAGGAAAGUGCGAAAAAGAGAGAGGGGAGCACUUGUUAGCGAGUGCGUAUUGUGUAUUUGUUGCACAAGGCGAGAUUGUCACCACUUGACUGACAAAAAAAAUCCACAUGUGAUUUUAAUAGUAAAUUUUGAGAAUUUUACUAAAUAGAGACUUGUAUACACUAAAAAAAAGUAACUAAAGUAAUUAUCGUGACUGACCAAACGAAGAAAAAGGGAAGAGGGAGAAGAGCGAGUAAACAGCAGCAGUAAUAGUUGCGCCGACUGGUUCAGGGGACGAAGGAGGGAAUGAAGGGGACGAGGACGGCAAACGCGAUCUGCCGCGCGUCCAGUGUCCCCGGAUAUGGGUAGAGAGAUUCCACGAGUGAUCGGAAGUGUAGAGUAGCCGGAACAGAAAGAAAGAUAGAAAGGAAUGGAGAGAAAGAGAGCGAGAGAGAGAAAGAGAGCGAUCGCGAGCGAGAGUAUAGUUAUUAUGUACAGAAUACGCGUAGAGACGCGUCUUUUUUUUCUUGCGGCGACAUGUUUUUCGCAUAGGUAGAGUUGAACUUGAUGAUUAAAAAAAAAAAAAUCUUAGGCUAAGCGACGAGCAAGUGAGCGCGCACUUGCUCGAAUUAGGAGAUAAUAGAAGAGAGAGGAGGCGAUCUUUUAUCGGAUUAAGAAGCGGCUAAGUUUAUAAAUAGACGUAGGUAGGUAGGUAGAACAAUAGUUUAGUUACAAUAGUAGUUAGGAUACGAAUAUGCCUCUCAUCCCCCGUGUCCCCUAUCCUCCCUCUGUGUGUUGUCGCGGGCACGGGGGACACGGGCGUGGGGCACCGUUCAGCCUAUGCACCUCGCACCCGUCAAGACUGACUGGCUAUUCAUAUUGAUAAAUAUAUAUAUAUAUUAUUCUUCAGCAUAUAUAUAUAUACAUAUAUGAAUUGUAUAAUUGUAUAAAUAGUAAGGAACUAUUUGCUUGCUGCGCACCGCGGGUCGGGUGCGUGGGCUGGCCGGAUGUGGGCUCUUAAACUCGUCGAUAGAGUGCGGGGGCUCGUCGGAUUUCCGCGGCAGAGUCUCAUCCCCAAUCCGAGAACCGGAAGCGCACGGAAACGAUUCCUGGUCACUCAGGGGAAAGACGAAGGGUGCUUCCACGUUGAAUCCAUGUGGACGUCAGAUGCGAAAAAUCAUAUAAAGUUUUUUUUCUAUGCGAUUCUUUGCCUCUAACGCGAACCUUUCGCCGCGGGGACUCUCUCGAACUUCCGCAGCCCGGCCGCCAACAAGUUUCAGGCAGGAAAACGGUUCUUGCCGCUGCGGACAAUGCUGCUUUCCGUAAAGCUUACUCUAGAGUUUUUCGCGUAGACACUCUUUUUAGAUUAGGCGUAUUGUAGUUGAUAGGCUGAUUGUAGAAAACGGAGACGAGAGGAAGAGCGAGAAAUUGAUUGAGCGAGAAGCGAGACGAAAAAAAAAUGUAGGAUGUUUUUAAGAGUAAAAUAACUUUAGUCGAAAUCGGCUUAAGAGAGUGAAAGCGAAAACGCGUGUUUGCAUGUGUGAUAGAGAAAAAGCGAAAGAGAGAGAGAGAGAGAGAGUAAAUUAGCGAUAAAGCGAGGUUCGAGGUGACUAGAUCAUCGUCUUGUACUUCGACUUGUACAGUCUUUAGCUUUUCAAGUUUUUAAGUCAUUGUUUUACACAUGUUUGUUAAGCGACUUAGCUGUAAUUACUCGAGACAUCUUGGGUUUCUCUUCCUCCACUCUUCCUUCUCUUCCUCACCCGAUGUAUCUCCGUGUCCCCGCCCCUCUUCCCUUCUUUCAUUUUGCAUUUGUACUCCGCUAUUGUCCUUCGUGUUCGACGGCGAACGAACCAACGAAGGAGGCGGAAAUUUGUAAUGUAAUUUUACGACGGAACGAGAGACACGUACCCCGUGCGUACCGCUUACCUUUCCAAGAUCAACGAGAGAGAAAGAGGAAAAAAGGCAGGAGAUAAAAAGGGGGAACGAUGUUGUCGGACGCCGAGGUCUCUUUUUAAAUACGCGCGCGAGGAUCAAUUUGUAGAAUUUCGAGAGUACUUUUAAGGCAGAGGCGAAAGGAAGGCGUUAGCAUGUAAUAUGAAGAAAAAAAUCUUUAGACCUUAAGGCAAGUUGUGUCAUAGUUAGUUAAGAGAUCUAGGGAGACUCUUAGGAAGUCGAAUAGGUGCUGUAAUAAAACAAAGUUUAACACAA